AUCCAUCUCUGGCAUCUGGCAAGAGACUGCCACUCUGCAUGGAAUCAACCCAACCCCGUUGCCGUCUUGCCAUCUUGGUGGCCACUACUCCCAGUGCUUCAUUCACCACAACAAGCUUUGGAAUUGCCUUUUUUCUUUUCAUCCAUCGCCCUCUUUCCUUCCCUGAGGUAGGUAGGUAGCAAGCAAGCAAUUGGAAAAGUCAUGCUUCUUGGAACCACCAAGUUGCUGAAGGGCUUGUUGCUACUGCUUCCGGCAACGGUAGUAGCCGCGUCUCUUUUUGGAAGCGAUUCGUCCUUGCUAAGGGGAACCAGUACAGAAGAAACGAAGAAUGAGCUAUCACCUCUUCAACGCUUGUUAGUGGGCUUCACCUUUCCAGGGGAUGCCAACGGGCCCACCACUACCAACGCGUCACCCGUGAAAGCCGCCAACCGUCUUGGUACUGGAUGCGGAGCACCCUUUACCUGUUCGGAUGGAGGGAUCUGUACGCAGUGGAUUUCCGAUGGCAUCAACACUUGCACGUGUGGCUUGGAUGGCACGCAGGCUUGUACUCAGGCCGAAAACGGGUGUAGCCCCGGUAGUCCUUGUACGCUGCCCGAUCCUGUUUGCAUUGACAACAAUAGUUGUCUUCCGUCUUCCGAAACUCCCCCGCCACCAGCGGAAACUCGCGACACGACGCUGCCACCCGUACCCGUGGCACCUCCCACCACGGAAUCGCCCACGGUCAGUCCCCGAACACAGCAUCCCGAGAUUAGUGAGCAAGACAGUGCACAAGAAGGAAAGCCCAUGCUCGAACAAGUCGCCGAACUCUUAAGGCAGGGUGAGGAACAAGUGGCACCCUUACUGGGAGCCAACUCGACGUACCAGGUGGAAGAUUUCAUUAGUGCCCUCGAAAUGAGUUAUGACUGGGAAACCAGUGCCAGUCAGAAAAAGAGUUUGGGUAUUGUUGAUCGACAACGACGACAGUUGCAAGAAACUCCUCGCACCAUGGAUCUCGGUGGAGAAAUGGCUUCCGCGAAUGGCACGUUGCAAGUUGCCAUGGCACAUUUGGCCGUCUUGUUGGGACAAGCCUGGCAUGCAGGACUCCAAACGGGCAUGUGCGACGAACCCAAUGACAAUGCCACCGACACGGAAAACCCCGGGUGUGGACAAAACGGUCUCAACUAUCGAUUCCCGUUUGAUGGAUUCCAAGAAGAAGGCUUUGGCUGCUUUGCCAAUGAACAAGAAUGGGAGAAUGGAGUCCCUGCAGGAUGUGCCGUCCAGCCUCCUGUCGAAUUGAUUCAGAGUGAUGCCAAGGAACCAUCGCGUCAAAUGACCUGUGGUCUAUCCGUGGAGAGUAUUACAUCGCGUGAUUGUUGCUGGUGGGGUCGUGGCAUGUUGCAAAUGACCCAUCAGUGUGACUAUGGAGACUAUCAAUCCAAGUGGGGAUCGCAACAGCCCGCAGAACAACGACCUCCGACCGAUCUUUGUGCCAAUCCAGGACAAGUUUGCGACGACGACUUUCCCGAAUUGCGCUUCUUGACGGGCUUGUAUCUCUGGGUGCGAGAUGUGGUUCAUGCCGAAGAUCCGUCGUUUGACUUUAUCAAGGAACUCCAGGAAUGGGUGGAUUCCAAAAUGGACAUGCGCGAGAAUGGAAACUUUGUGGAUCGGGUCGGUGGUGUCCUCUUGUAUGGAGACCCCGAAUUGUUGCCGACAGACUAUCGUGAACGCCGAUACACGGUCCAAGCUGCCUUGGAUACACUCAUGAGUCUGGCUCCGGUCAACGAGAACCUCUCCUAUGGAAACGUUGCCCUCUGCAAGCCCGCCACUCAGUCCACCAUUGCACAAGAACAAGUGGCAUCCCAUGCCGUGGAUGGGAUCAUUGACAGUCCCAACAUUUCUCAUACCGAGUGCGAAGAGAAUCCUUGGUGGCACGUUGAAUUGGAAUCGCCUCAUCAAAUCUACACCAUUGCCAUUGUGAACCGACAAGAUUGCUGCUUUGAUCGAUUGGAUCACGUCAAGAUUGAGUUGUUUGACGAAGACGGCAAUCCCAUUGAACAGAACAACACGAUCCAGCAUGAUCCCAACACAGAAGGACACAUUGUCAAUGUUUGGACGGUAGACUUUGAAACGCCUCCCAUUGUGUCGGAAAUAAAAGUUUCGCUCUCGGCUGCUCCGGGCGAGUGCAAGUUCCUCAACAUGGCAGAAGUUCAGGUCUUUGGAUACUGUCAAUUUGGUGAUGCCUGCUUGACCGGCCAACCCUGUGGCUUGGAGAAUGUUGCCCAGUGCAAGCCAACAAGUCAGUCGUCCACAGCCAACGACGAGUCGGUGUCGUUUGUGGCUGUCGAUAGCUUGGCGUUCAGCACAGAAGAAGAGCUCGCCGCAGGGGAGGGUGUUCCAGCAGCAACGACUCAAUGUGAAGAGAGUCCUUACUGGGAGGUUGACCUCAAGUCUCGCCAUAACGUCAGCAUGGUGGCUGUCUUCAUCCCUGGCGAUUCGUCUUCUAUGAAUGGCCUCUUGGUGGAACUUGUUGACGGGGAGACGGGCGAAGUUGUCACAUCCAAGCAACAUGAUCCCAGUACAGGCCCGAUCGGAAACGUUGCCAUUUUUGGAAUGGAGAAUGAUAUGGUGGAGUACUUGUCCUCCGUUGUGCGCGUCCGACUACCGGGGUCAGGUGGUGGGUGCUCUACUCUAAAACUGGCUGAGGUUCAAGUCUUUAGUGAGUGCUGGGAUGGAGCGUCGUGUGUCACGUGGCCGUCUUGUGCCUAUGAGAACGUGGCAGAGUGCAAAGCUGCUACGCAAAGCUCAACGUUUGAAGGAGGUGUGGCGUGGAGAGCGAUCGACGGGCACCAAGCUUUGUCCCAUACGAAAUGUGAAGAAGAGCCGUGGUGGGAAGUGGAUCUGUUGGAUGACUAUGCCAUAAGCGAGGUCAUCCUCUACAACCGCGAAGACUGUUGCUUCGAUCGGUUGAAUUCAGUCGUGAUUGAGCUCAAGGAUGUGCUCGGCGAGACUGUUCAAUCGAUGCAACAUGAACCCGAGAAGGAAGGCGUCAUCGAAGACUCGUGGACCGUCAAUUUCAACGGCGCCAUUGCUCGAAGGGUUCGUGUCACAGUUCAACACGAGCCUGACGAAUGCGGCUACCUCAACAUCAGGGAUAUUCAGGUCAUGCGCACGUGCCUGCCUGGAGAAGACUGCCACUCCUGGUCCGGUUGCGAGACUGGAAACGUUGCACAAUGCAAACCAGCCACCCAGAGCUCGACAUUCUUUGGAGAUGUCGCAGCCCAAGGAGUCGACGGGGACGAAUCUCUAGCCCACACAGACUGCGAAUUGAAUCCAUGGUGGGGUGUGAACUUGUUGGAAACCCGAACGGUCAGCCAUGUCGUCGUUCACAACCGUGAAGAUUGCUGCUAUGAGCGUUUGAAUGGCUUGAAGGUUCAGCUCCUUGAUGAGGCAAACCAACCACUCUCUAUCAUUCAACACAGCUUGGAACAAGAAGGCCUCAUCAACUUCAUGUGGAUUGCCACAUUCGAACCACCUGUUGAAAAUGUGAAAAGUGUCUUCUUGUCGACCGAACACCCAGAGGGCUUCUGUGAAUUCUUAAACUUGGCCGAAGUAGAAGUCAUGAGCGCCUGCUUGGAUGGUGACUCCUGUCAGACAGGAUUUGGUUGUGACAAGGGCAAUGUUGCCAUGUGCAAACCGGCUCGUCAAAGCACUACUCUGACCACGAGGCUCAACAACGAAACAAUCAUUGAGGCCGGGGUUGCAGGUCGAGCUGUGGAUGGGCAUGACUACCUUUCUCAUACCGAAUGUGAGACGAACCCCUGGUGGGAAGUUGACCUGAUGGGCAUGCGAGAAAUCAGUGAAGUUAUUGUCCACAACCGACAGGACGAUUUCUUUGAACGCUUGAACGGAAUCCUUGUGGAACUACUAGACGACAGUGGGAGCGUUGUCGCCUCCGCCCAACAUGACCCUAAUACGGAGGGACUGAUUCACUUUUCCUGGUUGCACAAGUUCGACGAGAUCCCUGCCUCUCGUGUGAGGAUUUCAAAGUCGUAUGCUGAGGGCUGUGACUACUUGAAUCUAGCGGAUGUGGAAGUUCUGAGUGCCUGCGAGGAAGGUGACGCCUGCUUGACUAUCUCUGACUGUGUGCACGGUAAUGUAGCCCAAUGCAAGCCCGCGCGUCAGAUAUCCACCAAAGAGGGAUUCGUGGCCAGCAAUGCUGUCAAUGGAACGGGCACUCGCUUGGCACACACAGAAUGUGAAGAAAAACCAUGGUGGGAGGUUGAUUUACUGGAUGAUUACCCCGUAAGCGAAGUGAUUGUCUUUAACCGACUGGAUGGCUACCAAGACAGAUUGAAUGGCAUUCUUGUGGAGUUGUUGGAUGCCAACGGGACCACUAUAGCCGAAAUGCAGCACGAUCCCUCCGCCGACGGAGUGAUCAGAGACGAUUGGUCUGCUGACUUCAACCAGAUUGACUUUUUCAUCGCCCGUAAAGUUCGUCUCUCCAUUUCGAAUCCUCCAGGCUCAUGUGAAUUCUUGAACCUUGCAGAUGUGCAAGUGAUGAGCAUCUGCCGUGAGGGUGAUGCCUGCCUCAAGGGGGAGUCCUGCACCGACGGAAAUGUGGCUCAGUGCAAGUUAUCAGAGCAGAGUUCUACUCUCGAUGGAGCUGUAGCUAUCAAGGCAACAGAUGGAGAAGAAACUCUUUCUAUGACAGAAUGCGAGCCUGAGCCUUGGUGGAUGGUGGACCUCGAAACUCGAAGAGACGUCUCUGAAGUCGUGUUGUUCAAUCGUCGAGAUUGCUGCUUUGAACAACUUAAUGGUGUCUUGGUGGAGCUGAUGGAUUCUUUCGGCAACCUUCUGAACUCGGCCCAGCAUGAUGUCGAGGAAGAUGGCAUUAUCAAUUCUGUUUGGUCUGCCAAGUUCGAAGAAGAAAAUGUUCGAUACGUCAAAGUAUCCACUAAGCACUUCAAUGGCACUUGUGCACCAUUGGAGCUUGCCGAAGUUCAGGUGAUGAGUCGUUGCGAGGAAGAGGAUGCUUGCAAGACGGGGAGGAAUUGCGAAAACGUGCCCCUGGUAGAGCUUCCAAAGGAAGAUGUUCCAACGGAAGACAAGGAGUAAUAGAGGCACCAGCCGUUGCCUGGGUUUCGAACCAGAUAUUAAUGCAUAGUAUACUACAUGAUAUUUUG